ACAGCUGGGAUCRAAGGACUUCAGGACCAGGGGGUCGGUGUGAUCAUGGAGCGUAGMCUUGCUCAGCCACUGGAGACUGGCACUGGAGGAGUGCCAUACUGUAGGUGUGGUAACUGAGAGCUGAGCAAACCGGCACGAGGCAAAAAGAAUUUCAUUUAUGAGUAAUCCUCACUGUAAAACGUACAUCUGACAGAGGACAAUUGGAAUAUCUAAUAAGAAAAAAAUGAACUUUGAACUGUAGGAAGCUCUGCAUUUCACCUGGUUUGCUUACGGAAUUCCCUCUUUGCAAACAUCAAAGAGGAAAUCUUCGUAAAAUAAUGCGGUUUCUGAGACGAGGCUGUCUAACAUGGUUUCUAAAGAUCACAGUUGGGCUGGGAUCUCUGUGGACAUUUUAUCUAGUGGGUCAGCUGACCGCAGGCAGGACACAUGCUGAUAUCCACAGCCGCAGCUUGUUGGAAUAUACCGAUGACGAUGGUGGCCCAGAGAAAGUCUGCAACUGUUCAGCAAUCUUGCAGGGAGAGCAGGAGGCAGUUGAGCAGGCCAAAUUACUGACCAUCACCAGAGAUUUCCACAAAAAUAUUCAGAUCCCAGAUGAGUAUUACAUUAAUGAAACCCAAGACUGCAGGAAAUUCAGGUCAGAGAGGAAAUACAUUCCAAUUUCACUGAGCAAAGAAGAGGAAGACUUUCCUUUGGCUUUCUCUAUGGUUGUUCAUCACAAGGUGCAGAACUUUGAGCGACUUCUUCGAGCGAUCUAUGCCCCACAAAAUAUUUACUGCGUCCACGUGGACAAAAAAGCAAAGCCCUCUGUAACCGCUGCCAUCCAGGCCAUURCUUCCUGUUUUCCCAACGUCUUCCUGGUCAGUCAGGCUGUGGAGGUGGUCUACGCUGGCUGGCCUCGUGUACAAGCUGACCUGAACUGUAUGGCUGAUCUAUACUCUGCCAGUACAAAAUGGAAAUACUUCAUCAACCUUUGUGGUCAGGACUUUCCCCUGAAAACCAACUUGGAAAUGGUGAGAAUGCUGCGUUCACUGAGGGGCAGUAACAGCUUGGAGUCAGAAAGCGUGCCUGCAGGGAAAAAGUGGAGGAUAUCAUAUGUUCAUAAGGUCAUUGGUGGGAAUGUCAAGAUGACAAAUAAGUUAAAAGAUCCACCUCCCUUUAACAUUCCCAUUAAGUCAGGAGGUGCCUACAUCGUGGUUUCUCGAGGAUUUGUCCACAGCGUGUUGGAAGACAAUCGAAUACUGUCACUUAUUGAGUGGUUCAAAGACACCUUCAGUCCUGACGAGUUUCUGUGGGCCACCAUUCAACGAAUCCCUGGUGUUCCUGGUUCUAAGUGGCCCAACCGAAAAUACGACCAAACAGAUGUCAACGCACUUGCAAGGCUGGUGAAGUGGCAGUAUCACGAAGGCUCUGAGAAUUUAGCCGCAUACCCCGAGUGUCAAGGAAACCACGUCAGGUCGAUAUGUGUAUAUGGAGCUGGAGACCUACAGUGGCUGCUUCAGAAUCACCAUCUUUUUGCCAAUAAGUUUGACACCGAAAUGGACCCCACUUCCGUCUACUGCUUGGAGAGAUAUCUCAGACACAAAGCUCUGGCCGAGGCACAAUAAAGACGGAGACUUUCUGAGAUCACUUUACAUGAAACUGACUGAAUUAUAAACAUCUUCUUGUUUGUUGCAGUCAAGGCUGUGGUGGUCAUCUUGAAUCGCUUCAAAAGCUACUAUGUAGAUUUACAUCCAAUAUUUAUUUUCAGAGGAUUUCGUUUUAAUUUUUCAAGAUGUUCGUGUAAGAUGUUCAUAAGAUAUUUUGUUAACAGACAAACAGUGUUGACUGCCAAAGUUUUAAAGUGGUGGUUCAAUCUGUUGGUGCUCGAUGUGUUGAGAGGAUAACUCCCAGCUACUACCACACCAAAAUCUAGCUUUAUUGAGUUGAAAACAACUGAUGCCAGAAGAUUUACCAACUUGGUUUAAGUAAAACAAAAAGUAUUUUCUAAAUAACAUUAUUUCUGCCUUCAAUGUUUUGAUCAGAAGGGAGCACUGUUGGGUACCUAAAGACUCAAGAAUGUAUCAUUUUACAGCACAGCUGGCUGAAAAGCUGCAGAGCUAUAGAUGCCUCAUGAAAACUGGUUUGUCCUGUAACUUAAAAGAUGCCAGUCCUGACAACAUGCUGAGCGCUGAAAAGAAGAACAAAAACGGGCUCAAACCUAUGUUGUCUUUGAACCUUUUUUUAAAUGCAGGAACUACAAAUGAAGUGUUUCGUUGACACAUGAAAUGAAAUCCGACCAUAUUCUUCCUGAAGGUGUUCAGAUAACCAGGUUUGAGCAAAUAAUUUACCCAGUACUGAACAAUAAAAAAUAAAACAAUAAAAUAAAAAAAAACAUUAAUUGAAUYAGAAAUCGUUAGGGACAUCUGACUUUGUUGUUGAGCUGACCUGCUGCCCUCUGGGAGGUGCUACAAGUAAACCAAGUCGAGAACUUAUGUACAAAUUCCAGAACAGUUUCUAAAAUAAAAUAUCUCUAAAAUAUUUCUACAAUGAUAAUAGUCUGCCCAUUUUAAUUUGAUCACUACUGAGGGAAUAAAUUAAAAUAAAAAUCACAAACCAGGCUUCCUUUGUUUGAGUUUUCCUUCAUACCUGCAGCCUCAGCUGUCACCUGGAUUCCUUUAUUUGCACCACUUUUAUUUAAAAUGAGCAAAGUGCUUCUCUUAAUUUACAACAUUAAAUAACCUGUGCCAAUGCUGCAUCAACUUCACCUAAGCUUCAGUUUAACCAGCAAUCUAUAAGUAUACUUCAAAAGUUAAUCUUUUGUAGAUGAACAUCCAGCAAUUACUUGUUGAGAGUUUCAUGAAAAUCCGUC